CGCUGCCGCCGAGUCUGGGCUUUGCAGUAACGCGCCCCGACGCCCGCCCAACGUGUACUCCCGGUUCCUUUUGGUUCGAAGUCCAAGAUGGCCAGCCUCAAGGAUCAGCUGAUCGUGAAUCUCCUUAAGGAAGAGCAGGUCCCCCAGAAUAAGAUUACAGUUGUGGGGGUUGGUGCUGUGGGCAUGGCCUGCGCCAUCAGUAUCUUAAUGAAGGACUUGGCAGAUGAACUUGCUCUUGUUGAUGUCAUAGAAGACAAAUUGAAGGGAGAGAUGAUGGAUCUCCAACACGGCAGCCUUUUCCUUAGAACACCAAAGAUUGUCUCUAGCAAAGACUAUAAUGUAACUGCAAACUCUAAGCUGGUUAUUAUCACAGCUGGGGCACGUCAGCAAGAGGGAGAAAGCCGUCUUAAUUUGGUCCAGCGUAAUGUGAACAUCUUUAAGUUCAUCAUUCCUAAUGUUGUAAAGUACAGCCCAAACUGCAAGUUGCUUGUUGUUUCCAAUCCAGUGGAUAUCUUGACCUAUGUGGCUUGGAAGAUAAGUGGCUUUCCCAAAAACCGUGUGAUUGGCAGUGGCUGCAAUCUGGAUUCAGCCCGGUUCCGUUACCUGAUGGGGGAAAGGCUGGGGGUUCACCCCCUGAGCUGCCAUGGAUGGGUCCUCGGGGAGCAUGGAGACUCCAGUGUGCCUGUGUGGAGUGGAGUAAAUGUUGCUGGCGUCUCCCUGAAGAAUCUGCACCCCGAGUUAGGAACUGAUGGGGAUAAGGAGCAUUGGAAAGAGGUUCACAAACAGGUGGUUGACAGUGCUUAUGAAGUGAUCAAACUCAAAGGCUACACAUCCUGGGCCAUCGGACUGUCUGUGGGAGAUUUGGCAGAAAGUAUAAUGAAGAAUCUCAGGAGAGUGCAUCCAAUUUCUACCAUGAUUAAGGGUCUCUAUGGAAUAAAGGAUGACGUCUUCCUUAGUGUUCCUUGUGUCUUGGGACAAAAUGGGAUCUCAGAUGUUGUCAAGGUGACCCUGACUCCUGAGGAAGAGGCCUGUCUGAAGAAGAGUGCAGAUACCCUGUGGGCAAUCCAGAAAGAGCUGCAGUUUUAAAGUCUUCCAGUGUCACAUCACUUUGCUGUCGGGCUGCAAGAGGAUUUAGUUGGAGGUUGUGCAUGUUGUCCUUUUUACCUGCUCUAGUUUAAGCAGUAGUAUUAAGAUGGCCUGGAAAAAACAUCGGUUUCCCAAGUUAGAAAUAGAAGUGGUGGGCCAGGGAUUUAGCUCAGUGGUUUCGCUGCUUGCUGCGCAAGCGCAAGGAUCCGAGUUUGAUCCCUGGUACCAAAAAAAAGAAUAGAAAUGGUUCACAGAACCCCACAGUUCUGUCCUGAUGCCGGAUGGCACUUGUGUAGUCUUAACCUGGUUAGUAUAAAGCAGCCCCACCAUCUCAGACACCACGGCCAACAUGGCACAGGCUCCAGCUGCCCUUCGAGCCAGAUGUAUGUUGCUCUGUUAUGUAACUUCACCAACCAGCCUAGUCUCUUUCCCCAGUUGGUCACUGCCUGGCAUUCAGUGUGUAAAUCCAAUGCUGCAUGUCUUAUGCAUAACUGUUAAAGGAUUUUAUUUUGUGUAUUAUAUAUAUAUCAGUAGUGUACAGUGCCAUAUAAUGUAAAAAGGAAACAUCUACCUGUGAACGAUGUAACCAAGUGUCAAACCAACUACAUCACCAAAUAAACCUUGAACAGUGA